AUGCGUCGUCUGUUGUGCACUGCGCUGCUCUUGCUGUGUUGUGCCUACGGGUGCAUUGCAGCUGUUGUGCAGCCGCUACCGCAGAAAGGACAGGGUCCCUGGGAUACGUACAUCGUUUCUGCUACUGAUGUACCUGGGAAGGUCGAAGAGAAUUGGCAACCCAUCCGCUUUGCCGUUUCUGCUAAAGAAAUGAAUAAAGCUUUGGCUUACUGUAGACGGUAUGAAGUGCUAGAUGAAGUGGGGGAAAACGAAGAAUAUGGAUUUACGCUUGAGAAUGAUCAAAACGAGGAAGAAUUCUGCGAUGCUGUAAAGACGAUGACAGAUAAAAAGAAAAUAAUGCUUUUAAGAGACGUUCUUCCUGCUGCUCUUAAACUACACAGUGAACGUCUCCGUGUUGAGCGGGAGAAGUUGGAGUUAUCUUUAAACGGGAAGGAAGAAUUUUCGUCCAAGUGCCCAAAUGUCUCAAUUCCUAAAGAGCAUCAACAAGGUAUACCCAACGCUGAUUUUAUGCUCUAUGUGGGUCUUAUAGAUGAACAUCAACCCCCAAAGAUUUGUUCUAGAAAUACAAAGGGUCGCCCUACAUCUGCUUUGAUUAAAUUCGUCCCUAAAGAAAUUGAUGAUACGAGGUAUUACAUUCGCUUUACUGCACAUGAGGUUGCACAUGCUCUUGGGUUUGAAAUUGAAACGAUGACGGCGCAGAAGGUCGUUGAAGAAGAAAAAGAGAAGAAAGUCCUUUUGGCGAAAUCCAAGACUGUUCUUGAUAAAGUGGUGAAAGAACACUACGGUUGCUCUGAUUAUAAUGAAAUUAAGGGAGUGACUUUGCAAAAUAAACCCGGUGACAACGCACCUCUACACUGGAAACGCCUUAUUGCGAAGGGUGAGUUGAUGAGUCCGUACAACUCUGACCCUAACGUCAAACAUGUGACUGGGGCGUACUACACAGCACUAACACUUGCUGUUUUUGAUUCUAUGCCAUUCUACAGCGCCAAUUUUGACAUGGCAGAAAAUAUGAGUUGGGGUAAGAAUGUUGGUUGUGAGUUUCUGAAGGGUAAAGACAAAGACAAAAUAAUAACGCAAAAACGAAUACCCAAGAAGUACUCCGAAAUGUUUUGUGAUGAAGUCAAACCUGCUGUGCAAUGCACUUCUGAUCGUUUUGCACUUGGGAGGUGCACGAAGGAGAUGCCGAAAGAAAUUGAGAAAAAACUCCCUUUGGAUUAUCUAAUAUUGUUUAACUCAAUUACCAGUGAUCCUGAGAAAGAUUUGAUGGAUGAUUAUCCCAUUAUUAAACCAUUUUCUUCAACAAGUUGUGAGAAAGGUACCGAAACCCAGAUGCCUGGUAGUGUUGUGGGGAAGGAAUCACGAUGCCUGAAAGGUGAGAAUCUGACACUGAAAGAACCAAACGAAGACGGCCCAUUUGUGGGUGACAUUUGUGCGAAAGUGAAGUGUGACAAAAACACCAAGAAGGUAUCGGUACAGUACAGUGGUACUAAGGAUUGGCAAGAAUGCAAAGAUGGGAAGGUUGAUGUCACGGGCAGCACAGAGUUUGCAAGUGGAAGUAUCUUGUGUCCCAACUACACUGAAGUAUGCAAUGACUUUUCUGAAGUUAGGGAUAUUAACUUCACAAUUGAAUAUGACGAGGAUGUGAAACUCGAAAUAAAAAAAGAAAAGGAAGCAGAAGAUAAGGCACAAGAGAAAAAGCAACGCGAAGAAGAGGAUCGGAAAAAGAACGAACAAGAAGCGAAUGGGAAGGCGGAAGAAGAAGAGAAAUCCAACACACAAUCCGGACUGGCGUCACAGACCCAGCCUCAACAUCAUGUUCCUGCAUUGGCUGUAGACCAAAGGGGUUCAGCUGUAGCUGAUAAAGAAAAUGUCGAAUCACAUGUAUCUCCUGCUUCAUUACAGGCAAGAGACCAACGCGGUUCAUCUGCAGAGGGUGAAAAGGAGGUUGAUCUACAUCCUCCAGCUGUACCUGAGCUACAACCUGCUGGGGAGGAGAAUCAACCUCCAAACAGCAACAUCAACAAUAGUGAUGGUCUUCACCGCAACAGCCGCAGAUGGUUGCACAAAAGAAGCCCAGUGAUCUUCAACAGGAACAGCCUUCUAUACCUGCACAAGAGAAUCAAAGUGGUCCCAAUAACCCUGAAGUGGAAAAGUUGCCCAACACUGACAACUCCAAGCCUGUCGCAUCUGAAUCCAUUGCUGUUUCGGGGCACAUUUCCUCCAGAAUGGAGGAGGAUAAGAACAAUACAACUGAAAGCAAUGAACAAGUGCAAGGAACAUUAUUACAGUCUCCUUCUCAAGAUAUGA